AUGCCAGAGACCAAAGUCAUUCUGCUGGGCACUAGUCACCCCCACAUCUUUCAACGCUUCAAGUAUCUCCAGGAAUCUGCCAACAUCAUACUGCUUGGCUAUUACGAUAGCGAUGCCAAUGUCGCCCAACGCAUGCAGGAAUACGCGGGAUGUCCGUGUUAUAGCGAUCCCAAAAGUCUCAUUGCUCUGCCAUACGAUGUUGCACUCAUUCAUGGGCGCGAUCCCAGGCGUCGCACAACCGUCAGAGUUCUACCCCCUGUCAAAGGAGAUUCGCGAGCGGGGGACACUGUUGUCUUUGAGGUUGGCUGGGAACUUCAUUACCUCGAAACUGUGGCCUUUGCACGACGAAUCAUCCGCGAGUCGCUGCUAGGGGCCGUCACAUUGGCUCGGUUCCACGGCGGGUGUCCUGGCGGCGCGGGGGCGGAACCCUGGCAAUCAGAUCCAGAAAAUCUCGGCGGCUUCUUUUACAGUCUGGGGGGUCAUGUCGUCGAGAUCGCGGUGGAUCUUUUCGGCUUGCCCACGCAGGUGAUCAGUUCGAUUCGGAAGCUCCCUGUGCAAACGCCUCACAGAGGUUUCUCAUGGGUGCCGGGGCUUUUUGACGGACGGCAGAUGGAUCCGUGGCACGCAAUUGGAACACUGGUACAUGAGGAUAUUGCGUCAGCGAUUCUGGAGUACGAGCAUUUCAACGUGCAUUUAGACUUCUCGGCGUGGGAGGGGAGUCGGUAUUUGAGAGACUGGAGCGUCGAGAUCUAUGGGGUUCAGGGGUCUAUGCGAUUGAACAUAGAUGGGCCAGGGAGUUGUCUAUUGUUGAAAGAGAAGAUGGGACAGUGGGUGUCUGGAAGAAAUGAACUGUUUUCCAAGAGGGAGGUGAAUUUAGCCGAGGCUUUCGAGAGGCAGAUGGAGUCCUUCUUUGGCAGAGUGGAGAAUGCUAGAACCGAUGAGGAAUUUUGCGAUGAGAACAUGGCGGAGAAGUUACUGAGGCUGUACAAUGCUUUGUAUGAGUCUGCUCGUCUUCGAAAAUGGGUGUUCCUCCAGGAGAAAAUGGUGAUGCACAUUUGA